UCUUUGUUUCUUAUGAAAGACUAAGCAAAUUAUUGAUGAAGCAGCUGUUCUGCUCGGCACGUAAUGAUCAGCAAUCCCAACCUUGCCAAUGUCUCCCUCUAGAAAUCUUACUCGGUGCACAAGUUUGGUUAGAUAAUCACUUGAGAGCAAAAAUUCCUAUUGGCAAACCGUGUCGCAUGCGUUCUAGUACUUGGAAGAAGCCUCCACCUGGGUGGCUAAGUGUUUGCUUAGAUGGAGCUUUUGAUCCUAACACGAUGUCAGGUGGUGUAGGGAUUGUGGUAAGAGAUUGGCAUGGUAAUUUUCAUUCCGGGACAGCCUGCAGUAUUGCUCAAGUUUCAUCUCCAGCGCAUAUUGAAGCCAUUGCAGGGCUUAUGGCUUGCCGCCUUGUGCUUGAUCAUGGUCUCUUCCCUGUCAAGUUUGAGACAGAGUCACUUCAGUUGGUGCAGGCAGCCUCAUCUCCGUCGUCAUCUCAUCUGCGACUAAGACCUAUUUAUGAAGAUAUUGAAAACUUGUUUGUGCAAUUACCAGGUUGUUCCUUCACUCACACCGCUCGUGAAUGUAAUGAAGCUGCUAAAGAGUUGGCUCUUUGGGCAUUAGAGACUCAACCUUGUGAUGCUUAUUUUUCUUCAACUCCGCCUGUUCUCGAGGAAGUUAUCGCUGCGGGUCGAUUGUAACACAAUUCUCGUUUGUUGGAAAAUGAAUAACUAUAUUAGAAUAAAUUAUCUUCGUUUCGUUUUCCGCUGCUCUUCCUUGUUCUUGUUUUAAGUUCGAGUAAAAACGUAAUCUUUAUUUUAGGUGUCGAAAUCUUUGUUCCGGUUGCUAACAUCCUAACGAGUUUACAGCCGAAGCACAUAUUGCACAGAUUUUUUUUUACUAAAUAUAU